AUGUCCGUAAAAGAUAGAACAGCCGAGUUUUACGCUGCUGUAGAGUCGAUCCGUUCAAGAUCCUCAUUUGUUCAAGGUGGCUUUCAGACAAGGAACAACUUGGAACAUCGUCGACCUUUGUUAGGCAACAACAGUAAUGGUGGUAAAAGCGUCCACGGUUCUAAUGGAAUGAACCGAACCGAAUUUUCUAGGAUGGCCGGGGCAAUUGGAAAGGACAUUAAUAGUACAGCGAUGAAAUUACAAAAAUUAACAAAAUUGGCUAAACGGAAGACUCUAUUCGACGAUCGACCGGUUGAGAUUAGUGAGUUGACUUACAUAAUUAAACAAGACAUUGCAAAAUUAAACAAACAAAUAGCCCUCCUCCAACAAUACGUUCGGGAUCAUAAAAAAAAUAACAGACAGGCUGAUGAACAUUCUUCUAAUGUGGUGGUGAUGUUGCAAUCCAAAUUGGCGAGCACUAGCAUGAGUUUUAAAGAUGUGUUAGAAAUCAGAACCCAGAAUAUGAAGGAUAGUAAAGAUAGGAGAGAGCAAUUCAUGUUCUCGAGCAAUCAACAAGCAAAUGUUCCAGCAGCCGAUUCUCCGUUAUACAACACUCAAAGAGAUAAUGAAAAGCGCAACACCGACUUUCUGGCUCUUGACAUGUCAUCCGGACAGGCCCAACAACAGCAACUACAAUUUAUUGAACAGCAGGACAAUUACAUCGAAAGUCGUGUGACCGCAAUCGAAUCUAUUGAAUCCACAAUUGCAGAGUUGGGUAACAUCUUCCAGCAAUUGGCACAAAUGAUUGCAGAACAGCGGGAAACUGUUCAAAGAAUUGAUGCCAACACGGAUGAUAUACAGACAAAUGUGGAGGGCGCACAAAAAGAACUACUUAAAUACUAUGCAAGCAUUUCUUCUAAUCGCUGGUUGAUGAUCAAAAUAUUCUCCGUGAUAAUAUUUUUCUUCUUGGUGUUCAUUCUUAACCCUGCUUUUAAACACGCAUCACUCACAGCUAUGGGGAUCAAAUAUGUACUGCUAGUAAGCAGACAGGGCAAAGUAAGAUUAGCAAAAUGGUUUAAUACACUUUCACCUAAAGAAAAACAAAAAAUUGUUAAGGAAGUGACGCAAAUGGUGCUGUCCCGACGUACUAAAAUGUGUAAUUUUUUGGAAUAUAAAGAUGAGAAGGUUGUAUAUAGAAGAUACGCCAGUUUAUUUUUCGUCACGGGAAUUUCAUCUACAGAUAACGAAUUAAUAACACUUGAGAUCAUUCAUCGAUAUGUGGAAAUUCUGGAUAGAUAUUUUGGAAAUGUCUGCGAAUUGGAUCUAAUUUUCAAUUUUCAAAAGGCAUACUUUGUGCUGGAUGAGUUGAUCAUCGCGGGUGAAAUGCAAGAAUCGAGUAAAAAAUCCGUGCUACGUGUGAUCAGUCAACAGGAUGCUUUAGAAGAAGGUGAAAAUGGGGAGAAGGGAUGGCCGGAGAAGUGA